CGGGGAUAAUACGUGCAUCACUGAGCCGCUGCUCACAUUCUCAGUAAAAACACACAUAUACGAAUCAACUUUGAUCAUGUCUGAACAAAUCGAAGAGUCAGCGCCUGACAAAGCUCCUGCUCCAAAUAGAACCAAAACCAAGAAUGCACCGGCGAAUAAGGCAAAACCAGCCGUAAAUACCUCUCCAGCUAAAAAGAAGAAAAAGAAGAGCAAGGGACCCGGCAAGUACAGCCAGCUCGUCAUUGAUGCGAUCCGAACCUUGAGUGAGAAAAGAGGCUCGUCCCUUUUCAAGAUAUUCAAUGAAGCGAAGAAAGUGAGCUGGUUUGAUAAGCAGAAUGGUCGCAUGUAUCUGCGCUAUUCUAUCCGCGCGCUCCUGCUGAACGACACGCUCGUGCAGGUGAAGGGACUGGGAGCCAAUGGCUCAUUCAAGCUUAAUAAAAGUAAAUUUGAGAAAAAGGCAAAGAAACGUGCAGCCAAGGCAACCAAAACAGAGAAGUCUGCAAAACCGGCGUCCAAAAAAGCUGUGCCAAAGAAAGUGAGUGCAAAGAAGAGCGCCAAAAGGAGCUCGGUUAAAAAGAAGACUUCCACAACCACGAAGAAACCGAGCAUGAAGACGACAACUAAACCGAACAAAGCAGCUGCAAAAAAGCCAAAAGUCGUGGCGAAGAAAGCGACGAAGGCAAAGCAACCCAAAUAGACUUUCUGAUUAAAUCUACCGAAUAUAUUCGUUAGUUUUAAUCCGUUUUUUUUUUUUUUUUUUUUACAAUAGUAGGCCUAGCCUACUGCGAUAUAUGGGGAAGCGUUUUAAAUGUUUGAAUAAAUUCGGAUAUUAUUCCUUAAAAUAACUUCUGAUUACCUAGGACUAUUUACUUUUUUUUUUUUUUUUUUUUGAAGGUCUUCUAGAAACAGCUUCCCGGAGUCGCAGAUGCACUUUAUUUUCUGCGCUGCAGGACGUCAUGAUUUUCAGAACUGCAAGACUUUUGAUUUUGUAUUAAAAAAAAAAUAAAAAAUU